UUAACUCUUUCGGGUCAAACCAGCAUCCACCGACUCUCUCUCUGCCCUUUGCGGAGCCUGAGGUUUUACCAGAGAAUUUCCUCAAAAAAAGAGAAACCACUUUUGAAGAAACGUUUCGAAGUUUCUCUGGGGGCAUUUCCUCCUUUAACAGUAGAGAGAUCUCAGCGGGGAAUUGCUCUCAUUCAGGUGAACAGAUUAACCCAUUUCCCUCUCUCUUUCUCUCUGAUUUUGAAGUUUAUGGUAUUCCGGUCUUCAAAGUAUGCCAACAGAAUCUGAUAAAUGGGGAUGGAAACAUGUUAGUGUGUUUGGUGGGUUUGACAAGGGAAGUGGUACAAAAAGAUGGAAAUGCAAUCACUGUAAUCUACGAUAUAAUGGAUCUUAUUCACGUGUUAGAGCACACCUUCUUGGGUUCACAGGUGUAGGGGUUAAAAGCUGCCCAGCAAUAGACCGGUCGCUGAGAGAAGCUUUUCAGAUCCUAGAGGAGGAGCGCCUUGCUCGGAAAAAGAAAAGAACUUCUGGAAGUGGAAAGACUGGCAAGCGUAUCCGGACUUCACAACCAAGUGUUACUUGUGUCUGGAAAACUAUUGCAAAAGAAGAUGUAGAUGACAUAGUAGCCAGAUUUUUUUAUGCUGAUGGGUUGGAUUUCAAUAUUGUCAAUUCCCCCUACUUUCUUGAAAUGACCAAAGCAAUUGCUGCUUUUGGCCCUGGAUAUGAACCACCAACAACGGAGAAGUUGUCUGAUUUGUUUCUGAGUAAAGAGAAGGCUAAGAUAGAGAAAGCCAUGGCUCUAGUUAGGGAGUCCUGGCCUCACACAGGCUGCACGAUACUCUGUGUCAAUCGGUUAUGUCGUACGCAAGGCAGGUACUAUACUAAUAUCUUUGUCUCAAGUCCAAGAGGGCUUAUGUUCUUGAAAGCACUAGAUAUAAAUGAUGGUGAUGGGAUGGACAACAUGUUUGUUGAUGUUCUUAGUGAUGCAAUCAUGGAAGUUGAACCUACAAAUGUGCUUCAGAUAAUCUCAAAUCUAGGCCAUGCCAGUGAAUCUUUUGAAUCCCUUAUAUUGUCAAAGUUCCGUCAUCUAUUUUGGUCCCCUUGCACUUCACAUUCUAUCUGUGUGUUGAUGGAGGACAUAACUAAACUGGAUUGGAUAAAACCCAUUGUGUUAUGUGCUAAGGAAAUAGAUGAAUGCAUCCUGACGUAUCAACGUUCCUCUCUGUGUGUUCUCACUCUAGAGAGCUCUGAUCCACUUUCCACCAAGUUUGCCCCUUCAUAUUGUAUAGUCGAGCGAAUUUUUGAGCUAAAGCAAGCACUCCUAGGUGUAGUUGUUAGUGAAGAGUGGAAACAAUGGAAGCUUACUAUUCAAGAGGAUGUCCUCAAUGUUGAGACCGCCAUUUUAGGGGACAAUUUCUGGAGCAGGGCCUGUUCAUUGUUGCAGUUUUUUGAGCCCUUUGUAAGAUUACUUACUACACUUGAUAUUGAAAAAUCUGUCAUGGGUGAUGUUUUUAAUUGGCGGGUUCAGGCACUGGAAGCUGUGAAGAGUAAGGGAGUCGAUGACAUUCUGUUGAAUCAACUGGAAUUGCUGAUAGAGAGCAAAUGGGACAUGUUAUUUUCCCCUCUUCAUGCUUCAGGUUAUAUACUUAACCCUAAAUAUUUUGGGAAAGGGCAAUCCAAGGAUAAAACAAUAAUGAGGGGUUGGAAGGCCACUCUAGAUAGGUAUGAGUCUGACAGUGCCACCAGAAGGGUUCUUCGAGAGCAGCUGAGCUCUUACUGGCGACUAGAGGGAUCCUUUGGGGAGGAAGAUGCUGUGGAUUGUAGAGACAAAAUGGACCCAGUUGCAUGGUGGGAGAAUUUCGGUUUUGAAACACCCCAUCUACAAACACUAGCUAUAAAAAUUCUGAGUCAGGUUUCAAGUGUUUCCAUGUAUCAAGAGACUUGGCAAGAUAAUGAGUUUUUGUGUCAAACAGCAGUCAACGGGUUGGGAGUGGAGAGGACGGAAGAUCUAGUGUUUGUUCGAAACAACCUUAGACUUCAUAGUCAAAGAAAUGGGAAUUCAAGCUCUUCACCCGGCAACAGGAAUCAAAGUUCAAGCCCAGCAUCUGGAGAUAAGACAUGGGAGAGUGUUCAUAUUGAUCAAAUGAAGGGGAUAGUAAAUGUCCAUAAUAUAUUGUAAAUAGAAACUACUACUAUAUCGUCACUCUACUUGAAACCUGGAAGAGAAUUACAGCAGAAAUAGUGAUGCAUUGAAGUCAUGAAUUAGAAAGCUUAGUUUAUUGCUUCUGUGGACAACAUACAAUAAAACCUGGCACUGGAGAACAGAAAAAAGCCGGUUUGUUUAUGAUAUAGUCUCAAUUGAUGUGUCCUACGUUUCCAUCUAAUGCAGGUGUCUUUCUAUGUAUGUAAAUUGAAAUGUAUCUCCUCUGUGUAUAAGAAAAACAUUAGGAAAAAAAGUAACCCAAUUUUAGUUCAAUUAAUACUUCUAAUUGUCAUUAUUAGGGAGAGUACCGUCAAGAUGAGUGCUGACUUUACACCUGUAUUCCAUUUUGAGAGUUCUUGUGUGCCUUGAACACAAUUACACCAACUCCUUGUAAAAAGUGCUUGUCUAUGGUGAUUACAGGGCUAACUUCUAUGUUG